CCAACACGGUCGCAAAACCUGUCGCUCCUUUUCCUUUCUUCCCGAAGUCUCUCCUUCUGGAUCGUCAGCCCACAACCGACACCCAAGGCCAAAACCCGACGAGAUCCUCUUCUCCCUCCAUCUCCACUCCAUCCACAGAGAGCAAGGCAGGCAAUCGCGUCGCGCGUCACCACCGUCGAUCCCCCCGUCCGUCGAGGUAUGAGACAGGAGGCCGCCAGCCUGGUGAUCACCCACGAAGACGACCGGCAGCACCACCACAGCCGCCCGCCGCCUCCCGACGAGGAGGAGGAGGACACGGGCGCCGUGGCCCCGCCGUCCUGCGCGACAAUCCUGCUGCGGCGGGAGGGCGGCGAGGCCGAGGCGGGGGAAGGCGAGGAGCCGCUGCAGCUGGUCCCGCCGCUCAACUUCGCGAUGGUGGACCACGGCGUGUACCGCUCCGGGUUCCCGGACGCCUCCAACCUGCCCUUCCUCGAGACCCUCCGCCUCCGCUCCGUCCUGUGCCUCUGCCCGGAGCCGUACCCGGAGGCCAACCAGGAGUUCCUCCGUGCCCGCGGGAUCAGGCUCUUCCAACUCGGAAUCGACGGCUCCAAGGAACCCUUUGUGAGCAUUCCCGAAGACACAAUCCGCGAGGCUCUGAAAGUUGUUCUAGACACAAGAAACCACCCGGUGCUUAUUCACUGCAAGCGUGGAAAGCAUCGAACUGGCUGUGUUGUUGGAUGCUUGAGGAAACUGCAGCGCUGGUGUCUAACAUCAGUAUUUGACGAAUACCAGCGUUUUGCUGCUGCGAAAGCAAGAGUUUCUGAUCUAAGGUUUAUUGAGCUAUUCGACAUCUCAAGCUUAAAGCAUUUACCAGCGUCUUUCUCAUGUUGAGCAAGAAGCGUACAUCAGCGGCCUCUGGGGGCCCAGAUUGGCAUUUCUUUCCCGUAUCUAGUAACAUGGCCGAUAAGAAUAACUGUUGAUUCUCAAAAAAAAAACUGUUAAUACUACUUUUGAUUCUGUUUUUGGCUCACGAAUCAUGAAGUUGACCCUGACAAGUUAAACAUUGUAAAUCAUUUUUGAAGCUAUGGUAGAUAUUAGAUAGGCCGCAUGAGUUAUAUUCUCACCGUUGCUGCAUUUAUCAUAUGUUUGCUGGCAUUAUGUAAGCAUGUAAUAAUAGUCUGUAAUUAUGUUAUGUUGUAUACUAAAUAAAACUCAGUCUGGCAAGCAAA